AUGAUCCUCGCCCCCGUUUUCCUUAUCCUCUCCACCACCACCCUCAUCAGUGCACAGUAUACGGGUUACUCCCUCACCAGCUCUGGCGACCCAGGAUCAGUGGUAUACUCCACCUCCUCCACGCCCGCGAAUGUAUCCGCCGACCCCGCGCCGGACGUCUUCCUAAAUGCGACCGUCCACGUCGGCGAGAUCGACAUCAGCGUGUCCAACCUCACCGCAAAGCUCAACCUCGACGCGCAAGUGCUGCAACUACUCUCCUUCAACGCAGGGGUGGAUCUCUCCAUCGACCGAGUAUCACUCCUUCUCGCGGACGUCGACGCCUCGGUCCAGCUCGAAGUCCGGCUUGAGAACCUCGUGCGCAUGAUCAACAACACGCUGGACUCGCUCGACCUGAACCCGAUACUCGCGACCAUCGGCCAGACUGUCGGCGACAUCGCGAACAGCACUUUGGGCGGACUGACCGGCGGCAGUAGUCCGCUGUUAGCAGCACGGUCCUACGAGCUGGAGAACAACAUUCUCUACUCCGUCAACGACUACAGCGGGAACACGCAUACGAACCGCAUCCUCGCACAGGAUGGCAGCAUCGUCGAUCAGUCCCUGGACAACGACGGCAAUGUCUACAAUCAGCAGGUCGUUGGCUCCUACGAGCGCGACAUGGCCUUUGUUGAGGAAAACGAAGGCAAAGUCGUGAAUGGCCAGGCUGUCCGCGAGCUCGAAUACGUCUACACGCCCUUCGAUGGCCUCAGCGCCGUGUGCGCCAUCUAUGUUGAUGUGGCGGGCGCGGUGGUGGCUACGCAGGUGCUGAGUGAGAGCCGGGGAGGAGGGACUAGUACUGUGGGGGCUGAUCUGUGA